AUGGUACCGGAGAGAGGAGGGUCAUUUGUAACGCUGUCUGAGUGUGGAGGAGAGGACGGGGGAGGAGUGGGGGAGGAUGUGGGAGCCGAGCACUUCAUGCUCUUAAAACCAGUUCCAGGAGGGGCAGGAACGGCGUCCCAGGCGUCCUUCAUCUCCACCCUCCUCUUCCUCUUCAUCGUGGUGUCUGGAGUCUCACCGGCUGUCAGUCAGUCCAGCGAGGCGACCGAGCCUGUGUGUGCACAUGACUGGGGGGAGUCCAACCAGGGGGCGGUCUCAGUCGUGGAGGGGGAUGCUGGUUGGCUGUCCUGUCCUCUUUUCUCUCAUCCCUCCGUCUACAACUACUCCUCCACCCAGAGCACCGGGCACAACCUCGUCUGGUACCACGUCCCACAGGGUCAGGACCUGGAGAACCCCAUCAAGUACAGCACCAGAUUCAGCAAAGACCGGGAGAGACUGUGGCUGCAGCCGGCCGUCUCCUCCGACAGCGGACUCUACAUCUGUUUGCUGAGCAACAAGUCGUCCUGCAGUAAGAUCGCCAUGCGUCUGACCGUCCUGCAGCGUGACGAGGUCGCCCGUGGAAACUCCUGCGGGCUACCGGCUGUCGGCGCAACAAGUCAGGUGGUGAUCCCUCUCCAGGAAGGGAAGACGCUCCACUGUCCGGACCUGCAGGAGGCCGCCAAGAUAGCCGACGGCUCGCCCACCGUGAGCUGGUACCACCAGACGCCAGAGACCUCGCGCUGCGAUCAGUACCCGUUCUGGAACACGCAGCGGCAGCAGAAAGGAGCCAGUCUGCAGUUCCACCUCAUGCUGCGUCCGUACCAGGGUCUGUACCUCUGCACAGUCCACUACCAGAGGAGAGGGAAGACCCUGAACUUCACCCGGAGCGUCAACGUCACGGCAGUCUACCCGUCCUCUCUGCCCAAAGAGCCCACCAUCCUCCAACCGGCUGAGGGACAGAUCUUCAGCGUCAGGCAAGACACGGAGGUGCGUCUGGUCUGCAGAGGUCUGUUCCCCUACCUGGAGUCUGGAUGGGACAUUUGGUGGACGGUUGAUGGGAAGACGCUGGACAAACACCCGGACCAGCACAGGUUCUCCAGAACCAACGGACAGGUGAAUUACAACCUCGGGGACCGGACGGAGGAGAGCGUGCUGGUGAUCAAAGACUUCCAGUCUGAAGACCUGAGCAGGGAGUUUAACUGCUCGCUGAGGAACGAGAGAGGCUUCAGGACCCGCAGAGCCCAGCUGGAGGAGGAGGUGUCGUUGCCGUCGGUGGAGCUGGGAUGUGGUCUCGGGGUGACCCUGGUCCUCAUGCUGCUGCUCUUCGUGGUGUAUCACGUCUUCUGGCUGGAGCUGCUGCUCCUCUACCGCUCCUGGUUCGGCACCGAUGAGAGACACACAGAUGAUAAGGAGUACGACGUGUACAUCUCGUAUGCGAGGAACAGCGAGGAGGAACAGUUUGUUCUGUCCACUCUGCGCUCAGUCCUGGAGAACCAGCUCGGGUACUCUGUCUGUAUCUUUGACCGGGACAGUCUGCCGGGAGGGACCAUCACUGAUGAGACUCUGAGCUUCGUCGCUCGUAGCCGCCGUGUCCUGGUGGUUGUUAGCCCGGGCUACGCCUCUCAGGGCUCCCAGGCUCUGCUGGAGCUCAAGGCCGGCAUCGACGGCAUGGCUCGUGGCGGGCACCUGCGGGUGAUCCUGGUCCAGUACAAGCCGGUCCAGAGGCAGGUCUGGGUCAGGGAGCUGAGGAGAGCCCGGGUGGCCCUGGCGCUGGUUCGAUGGCAGGGGGACAAGUCCAAGGAGCUGACGUCCCGUUUCUGGAAGAGGCUGAGGGUGGAGUUACCCGUGAGGAGGGUCGGCGGCGAGGAGGAGGUGGGGGGCGGGAAGGAGGGGGCUCUGAUGAGGCUGCUCAGUCAGACCAGCACAAACUCUCAGUCCGGACUCAUCACCAACACCGUCAAGGAGCCACACAAGGUCCUGAACUGUGCAGGGUAGCAUGAGGGAGCUCUGUGGGGACCUGACGGAGCUCUGCAGGGACCUGACAGAGCUCUGCAGGAACCUGACGGAGCUCUGCAGGAACCUGACGGAGCUCUGCAGGAACCUGACGGAGCUCUGCAGGAACCUGAAGGAGCUCUGCAGGCACCUGAAGGAGCUCUGCAGGGACCUGAGGGAGCUCUGCAGGAACCUGACGGAGCUCUGCAGGAACCUGACGGAGCUCUGCAGGAACCUGUAGGAGCUCUGCAGGAACCUGAAGGAGCUCUGCAGGGACCUGAGGGAGCUCUGUCUCAGUCUCCACAGAGCUGCACGGACAGGCUGCAGGACGUUGCUUCAUGAAGCAGCUGGCUGGUAUUCAGUCCUUAUCAUGUUUCUUUGCAGGACAUACAUUUGACCUGAUGGGGGCGCUGUAGAGUCAAGGAGGUUUAAUUGUUUAUUUUUAACCCUUUGAGGACCUUAAAUGAAUGCACAGAGUCUCAUAAACACAGACUGAAGAUGGACACUAGCUUGAACCUCUUUGGUUUUUGUAAUCUAGAGAUAUUUAAGAAACCAGGAACAGACGAGUAUUUAAUCUGAGGAGCUUCAAAGACGUAAAGUCUGAGACUGAAAACAGGAGUUUAAACAUUUCAUGAUUUAUCAGACCUUAAGAAUAAUCUGCAGCUUCCUGAAGACAUUUCUGGAGGCAGACUCAGAACUGAACGAGCUCCUCACAUCACUGACUUCUUCAUUUUCAUAAACCUUCCUUCAGUCUCAGUAUUUCAUUUCAUUUCAUACCAGCAUUAUAACCAUGAAUCAUUCCUCGUGUGUGUGUGUGUGUGUGUGUGUGUGUGUGUGUGUGUGUGUGUGUGUGUGUGUGUGUGUGUGAAGUGCUCUGGUGUUUAUCAGUGUUUAUAUUACUCAAUAAGAGCAGCAGUGUAACAGAGACCUUGUGGUAGACUUUAAAGAGUAUUUAAACCCUUUGGAAGGAUUGAUUAAAUCAGAUUCAUCCUCAGAGGAUGAUGAAUGUCAGCUCGAUGCACAGUUUGGUGUCGUCUGCAUAAAGAGAGAUUCACAGUUUUAAUGUUAUAACUUAAAGAAAACAGCUUUAUGUAUUUACCAAGUAAACCGCCGUUAUCCAUGUAAAAUGCUGCGAUGACUGUGUUCCACUACUUUCAGGAAGUGUUCUUAUUUUCAUGUUGUUUAUCUAGUUUAGGCUAAAUUGAAUGAGUGGUAUCGAGUUCUAUUAUUUCAAAAAUACAAACAGAGAAGGUUAUUUUUAGACAUUUUUAAAGAGAGGAGUAUUUUUGUAAAGUUGCACUUUGACUGUUUAUUUUAUUUUGUUUCUAUGAAUAAAUGAAUCAUCAUUCAUCUCAA